CUCAGUAGUAAGCAGCACAAGUGACCCGUCAACAGCUGCACAAACAUACUGAUCAGCAUUUUGUACAAAGUCAGUUAAAAUUACUUUCACUAGCAUAUUUAGUUUUGUAUGCUGCUUUAGUUCACAGAAACUGUGUUUAUGCGUGGGUACAAUAUUGUGUGUUUAUGUAAUAACACAGUGGCUGAAACCUUAUCUCAAUAUUCUGUUUCGACUUCCAAUGUGUGCCCCAGAUGAGUUCCAGCUGCAACAAGCACGCUGCAUACUAUAGACCAGCAGACGCUGGUUGCACGCCUGCAAUCCAUAAAAAGAAAGAAAAGAAAAAACCCCUCCCGAAUCACUCCUUCUUAUCCCACCUCCGCACAAAACUUUGCCAAUUUUGAAAAGUGGCGACUCAAGCAGCAGCAGCAGCGGGAGGAGUUCACCACUUUUCUUUUUCACAGUCGACUAUCUGUCUUUGAGGUGAGUCAAGGUAAUUGCUUCCCUCAGGCGCUGUUUUUUUUUUUAAUUCAGUCUUUCGUGGCGUCUGCUACACCUGCCUGCCAAGCUCCAGCGCUGAUGGGCGCGGCUGGGACCUGUGCCCAAAUCUCUAGUUUUGACUCGCCUGGGAAAGUUAAGCAAAAAGGCACAAAGGGACUGAGGACUUAAGAACAUCCCACCACGACGCCUCAACUUCAUAUAGACACGGACGGGAGCAGUCGGUCUAUCUUGACAGGAAUCGGGAUUUGAUUGUUUGUUGUUCGAGCUGGCUGAAGAUUAAAAUGGGAUGGACGAGUUAACGAGACAGAUGGACUUCUCAGGAGGCUUGUCAGAAGAAAGGGUUGUGCGGGAAACUGUAACCUCCACGUCCCGACUGACUUCUCUACCACCAAAGGGAACCAGCGGAUCAAAUCACAGGAAUAUGUCCAGCAGUGCUGGAGGGCUGGGCUUGGAGAAGAAUGUCUUAACCCAGAACAGCGGUGGAACUUAUUUCUCUUCAUCUUCUGUAGGUGUGAACACCAACAGCUACAGCUCCUCCUCAGGAGUUUACCUCGGAGGAGACUCCUUAGGAGGUGAUGGAGGGGGGAUCUUCAUAGACGCAGAGGGGUACGGAAGCGGAGGAAGAGGAGGAGGAGGACUAGGAGGAGGAGGAAGCAGCAAAGGCGGAGGCAGUUAUCUGGUAAGCUCGGUGUCAAAGGUCAGGUCCAGCUCGUCAGGUGGUGCCAGGAGAGCGCAGACUGCUGGCUCAUCAGGAGGCCUGUCUCCAGUUUACCGGGAGAGGACGCACAUAUCCAGCCGCUCAGGAGGUUAUGAGGGAAGUUCCAGUGCCAAUUCCUCUCCAGAGUUUGCACGCAAAGAUUAUGGAAUCUAUUGCUCCAGCACCUCAAGAGGGAGGAGCGAAAGCAGAGAGAGCGAGAUCCGAGCCAGAUUACAAAGUGCCUCUCCCUCCGCCAGCAGAUGGACGGAGCUGGAUGACGUGAAGAAGCUGCUGAAGGGACGCUCCUGCAGCGUCAGCCCCACUCGCUCCUCCAGCGCCUCCAUCACUCUCCCUGUCCCUAAAAAGGCCAGCGUGGAAACCAAGACCGUCUCUGUGGCCACUCAGUCGGGUUCAUUUGGCUCUGGUGUGAGAUCAGCUGGGUUCCAGACCAUCGAUACAUCAGGAUUUUAUGAUCCCGCUCUGACAUCUGGGCAGUUUGAUACUGGUGUAAAAUCGGGCCAGUAUGAUGUUGGUCUGAAAUCAGGCCAGUAUGAUACUGGUGUGAAGUCAGGACAAUAUGACAUGAGUUUGAAAUCAGGGCAGUAUGACACCAGUGUGAGAUCAGCCCAGUUCGAUACUGGUGUAAGAUCAGCCCAGUUCGAUACUGGUGUGAGAUCAGCCCAGUACGAUACUGGUGUGAGAUCAGCCCAGUACGAUACUGGUGUGAGAUCAGCCCAGUAUGAUACUGGUGGGAGAUCAGGCCAGUAUGACACGCUGGACGCUACACUUCCUACUUUCACCUGGUCCACCACGACCCUGCCCUCCGCCUCCACCACAGUGGUCACUGGCAACACCACCAGCUACGCGUACCAGGCCGGCACUAACAACAUGCCGGGAGGAUCGUUGCCGGGAGGCCUCACCUCCCCCUCGUCCCUGUCAGUUUACGGCUUCCAGAAUAAUCUGGCUCCCACUUCUGCCAGUGUGCUCACCACCAGUGGAGGCAACAUUAAUGCUACUACCAUUGGAGGUUAUGGCGUUCAGAAGAACUUGUCAAAUGGUGGUGGUGUCGUCAGCUCUGGAGUCUCUACAACCACUAGAUCCCAAUCUGAUGAUGCAUACAAGAGAGACUAUAAGUUCCUGAUCUCUGAAAAGGAGAACGUUCCACUCAAGAGGGAUGCAGAAAUGCUCAUUAUGGCUAAAGACAGUGGGAAGCAGUUCACCAGCAGCAGCGUUCAGAUGGGAGGAGGGUCGUUAUCGGGAGAUUCAAUUAAGAAAGAGAAGCUUAUUUCAAGCUACGGUGAGAAAAUGCCACUGAAGACAGAGACGGGCAACUCUUACUAUGGAUCAUCUGGAGUUGUAAUGAAAGACAAAGCCACCUAUGCAGAGAUUCAGAGGGACAGCGGCAUCUUCGGAGGAGGUGGAGGACUGUGCUGCUGCUCCGACGCUUGUUGCUCUUGGUGGAAAUGGCUGCUGGGUCUUCUCCUCCUCUCCCUGCUCCUGCUUGGACUCCUGUUUGGGCUCAUUGCACUGGCUGAAGACGUGAGAAAGCUGAAGAGUCGAGUGGCCUCGCUGGAGUCCACGGGGGCUUCUGCUGUUGCCAGCCAGCGAUUAGGUUCUCCUAAUGACAUCGGCCUCUAUGGGACCGCUGGAGCUGGAGGUACCGGCAGCACUGACAACACGCUGAAUCUCGACGGUAGAGGUGGAGGUGUAACUGGUACUGGCGGCUCGGCUGGCGGAAGUGGCAUUGAUGUCAUCGUUGGAACUGAUUCUGCUGGCUCUACUGGGGCUAGUGCUGGAGGUGCCGGUACCAGUGGCAGGACCAGCGGUACUGAUACCAGCUUCAUUGGUGGCACUGGCCUCGGGACCGGAGGACACUUAAACGCUGCUGCUCUUCAGAUGACGAUCCAGAAGAUGUUAAGAUCUGAAAUGCAGUCACAGUCAUACAGAGUGCAGGGAGAGAGAGGACUGCCUGGACCUAAAGGGGACUCUGGAACUAAAGGAGAUUCUGGUUUCCCUGGACUUCCAGGUGCUCCGGGUGCAAUGGGACAUGCAGGCCCUGAAGGUCCAAAAGGACAGAAAGGAGUCCAAGGUGAUCAUGGACUGGAUGGGGCACCAGGCAUCAGGGGUCGCGAGGGCCCGGGUGGCCCCAGAGGUGAGGCAGGAUCUUCAGGCUUUACAGCGAAAGGUGAAAGAGGUGCCCCUGGGGAUACUGGGUCCGUCGGCCCGGCUGGACCAAAAGGUGCACCUGGAGUUCCUGGACUUUCUGGAGCACCAGGUCUUCAGGGUUUCCGUGGCGAGGCAGGGCAACCUGGAUCUAAAGGCGACAGAGGGCUUGGUGGACUCCAAGGACUUAAAGGUGAAUCUGGUGACACGGGUCUCAGAGGGGUCAAAGGUGAUCCUGGUGUAUCAGGGCUGCAAGGGUCAGCCGGAGAGAGAGGACCCAAAGGAUCAACGGGGUUGUCUGGAGCCGAUGGAUUUAAAGGAUCAAGAGGUGAAGUUGGACCUGCUGGGCCACCUGGACUCAGAGGUUCUUCUGGAGAUGCUGCAUCUCCAGGAACCCCUGGGCUUCAAGGACCACCAGGGAUACCAGGGAAUCCAGGAAGACCCGGCUCUAAAGGUGAAACGGGUGAACCAGGAAGAAUCAUCAAUGCAGCUGGCUCCACAUCUGUCGGCAUCCCAGGACCACCUGGGCAUGCCGGCCCUCCCGGUCCUGCGGGUCUUCCAGGAUUAUCAGGUCCCAUUGGCCCUGCUGGUUUGCCUGGCCAACCUGGUGCUAAAGGUGACAGAGGAUAUACGGGAGAACAAGGAAUAACCGUGAGAACAUCUGACAGUCUAAGCUCGAGCUCAAGGCAAUACAGUGCCAAUGGAGGUUCAGGACAACCUGGCCCACCCGGCCCACCGGGUCUACCUGGACGUCCAGGAGAUUCAAGACAAGGACCCCCUGGACCUCCUGGGCCUGAAGGUCCUCCAGGUUAUGGAAGACCGGGACCUAAAGGAGACAGGGGAGACUCAGGCUUUGGAUCCAGCUCUGGAACUUCAUAUAGUGGACAACCCGGACCACCAGGACCACCUGGAUCAUCAGGAUCAACAGGUUCUCCUGGACCCAGAGGAUACCAAGGUGAACCAGGCCAGCCAGGAGUGCCCGGUACCCCUGGAAGACCAGGCAGCUCUGAGAGAGUGUCGACUUACGGGGGAGGAAACGCGAUCCCUGGACCAGCAGGUCAACCGGGACUUCCUGGACGUCCUGGACCACAAGGAGUUAAAGGGGACACUGGAGCUCCUGGUUAUUCUGGCUCUUCAAGAGGCUCUGUCUCAGUCACCGCAGGUCCUCCUGGCCCUGCAGGUCCUCCUGGCCCCGCAGGCCUGCCGGGCUCCUUCGCUUCUUCCAGUGAGAUGCGUCAAUACAUCAAUGACUAUCUAAGUAGAAGCAGACAGUCCAGUAACCCCGGACCUCCAGGUCCACCUGGGGCUCCAGGAAUCCCUGGAACCUUCUCAGGCUCCAUCGAUGACAUCUACACUCGUAUCAUUGCAUAUAUGCAACGUUCUGGCUUAGGCCUCAGUAUUGGUGUUCAGGGUCCUCCAGGACCACCUGGUCCACCUGGCUCUGGCUCUGGGUCCCUGACAGUCAGCGGUCUCAUCAUCAUGCUUCAGAGAGAAGAUGUGAGGAGAUAUUUGUCAGGACCACCAGGGCCACAAGGUCCACAGGGACCACCAGGCAUAUCAGGAGGAAUUUCAAGGAGUUACAGUGUUGAGGAGAUAGCCGCAUACAUCUUCAAAAUCAUGAAUGACAGAGGGAUUGCUAGAGGUCCGCCCGGACCACCCGGUCCUGUUGGGCCUUCUAGUGCAGGGGGCUCUGGCUUCACUACCGCUACCAUUGACUAUUCUGCACUGGUGAGAAAUUCAGACUUCCGCUCUUGGAUUAACUCUGCUGUACAAGGCGGUCCUCCCGGUCCCGCCGGUGUCCCGGGGCUACCUGGCCCUCCUGGUCCUCAGGGGCCGUCAGGAGUCUCCACUGCCAGUGUGUAUACGUCGGGAGGUCGUGGCUACAGUAUGGAGGAUAUUCAGCGUUACCUGCAGGGUUCUGGUUUCAGAGGUGUUCCCGGCCCUCCUGGUCCUCAAGGUCCUCAGGGACUACAGGGUCCACCAGGCAGUUACAGUGGAUCAAUUUCCUACAAUGGAAACUUCCCUCGGGAGACUAUCCGCACUGAAAUUCAACAGUAUCUGUCCAGUGACGGUGUUCGUCGUGCCAUCAGUGGCCCUCCGGGGCCUCCAGGACCGAUGGGUCAGAAGGGAGAUCGUGGAGAGCCGGGUCACAUCCAGAGCUACGGGCAGAGCCAGAGCUACAGUCAGGGUGACUCUCGAUACGGCUCUGAGCGCAGAGAGACCGACACCAGCAAACUCAGUCAGACACUGGAUUACUCCAGCGUCGCCAUAAAAGUUUCAGACUACAUCAAGAGUCAAGGCCUGCUGCAGGAGUAUCUGGUUCAGGGUCCCUGGAUGGCGAGUGUGAGAGCGAUUCAAGGCCCCCCUGGUCCACCGGGCCCUGUCGGACCUUCUGGUCAGAGCCGCGUCAUCGGAGCCUAUGGCAACGUCACAGCUGACCUCAUGGAGUUCUUCAGAGCGUAUGGCACCAUUCCCGGCCCCCCAGGAGGCCCUGGACCAAAGGGUGACCAGGGGUACCCAGGACCCGCAGGAGGAAAGGGUGAUCCUGGUCGCCCAGGUAUACCGGGAGUACCAGGGUCCUACACUGUCCAGAUUCCACACAGAGUGCAGAAGAGGGAUGCAGGAGAUAAAGUUGUUGGUCGUCGCCAUCGCCGUCACGCCAGUCGUGGCUAAACGUACUACUGGACCGAGUCAGAUUUAUUUUUAGUCAUUGUAUUUUUUAGGUGUUGAACUGUAGCAAUGCAAGUAGUCAAAAAGCAUUUUUAUUGUUGCCAGCUGUAGAAAAUCACAGGAGAAUUUGAGAAAAUAAAAGUGGCCAAAAAUGCAAUAAGUCUCUUUAAAGCUGCUUAAGUAGAGGCAUGGAUGUAGCUGCUGGUCAGUGUCUUUGUCACACAGACUUGAUUCUUUUUGUGGGUGUAUAAUUACUUUUCUAAGUUAGCUUGCAAUCAAAGUUUUUUUUUUUUUGCUAUCUAUUUUUAAGCAAUUAGUAGCUGAGUAGUAUUUGAAUGGCACUCUGCAUCUUUUCCCGCUGCUCGUGUAACUUGAGUUAACUGGUGUACGUUUAGUUUUUUUUCUAUUCGUUGUCUUUUGAGGAUUAUAUUGUAUUGAGGAUUAUACAAGUGUUAAAUGUUGCGUCAAGAUAACCCUUCAAUGGUUCAUAAAAUACUUAAAUAUUGGCAGAUUAUCCACAUAAAUCUAGUCAACCUCCAGUCAACCUCCAGCCUGUAAGUUAGACAUUCACCCUAUAUAUUCACCCUACUAUAUAAAGGAAUGCAUCAUUACCGGUCAGAGUGAGGGUCAUUUGUGCAGCAGGGGGGGGGGACUUUGGUUACCGUAAAUGUUGCUGUAGUGAGGACUGAGGAUUUACUUGAAAGGUUUGUUGGUAAAAUAAAUAAAUAACAUUGUUCGCAUGGAUGAAAGACGGAUAAUCACUAAGAAAUGACUGAUUGGAUUGUAUAUUUUUGUAUGAGAGCGCACUGAAAUUGAUAUAUUUUCUUUAUACCAUUAAGUGUUGAAAAGAUUAAAUUAUAAAAUGUUCCCAGAUCAUGUUUUACGUAGUGAACUUAUUGACAUCUGAUCAAUAUAUUUUAAAGACACAAAAAAUAAAUCUAUUUUUGGA